AUGAACCUGUAUCAUGUUGAUGAGCGAUCUUUACUGCUUGCGUGUGUGCUUGAGCCUUCGUUUCGUUUGUGCUUGCUUGCAUGCGUGUACGAGUUGUGGGUGUUGGAGAGCAAGGGAGGAGGUAGAGGAGGGAGAGAUUGUCCAGGGAUCGAAGACGGCUGCGAGGCACGCUUGUACCAUCUCAGCUCACCUCUCUCUCUCACGCACACACCCCAGUCUCUGAGACCCGGGCAUCUCUCUCUGACCAUGGACGUGUCAGCGCUGGGCAGUGGGAGCAGCUGUUCAGAGGAUUGUGUGCUAGGGUCUGGCUGUCUGGAGGACUGUGGGAACCAGAGUGACCAGACUGACUGGGAAUGGGAGGACUUCAGUGGGGCUGAGCUGGUGUGUGUGACAGCCGUGUGUGUGCUGCUGCUGGCCCUGGGCAUCACAGGAAAUAUGUUAACCAUCCUAGUAGUUUGGCUCCGGCCACACCUGAGAAGCACCACCUACCUCUACCUGAGUAGUAUGGCCGUCUCCGACCUCCUCAUACUGCUUCUGAUGCCUUUAGAUCUGUACUACAAGCUGUGGAGGUUCCGGCCCUGGGAUCUGGGUGAUGCAGUGUGUAAGCUGAGUGUGUUCAUCAGUGAGAGUUGUACCUACUCCUCCAUCCUCCACAUCACCGCCCUUUCUCUGGAGCGCUACCUCGCUGUCUGUCGACCACUCACAGCCAAGACCCUGGUCACACGGACCCGCGUCCGCACUCUCAUUGGCUGCCUGUGGGUUGUGGCCGUGAUCAGCGCCGGGCCGGUGUUUGCUAUAGUAGGGGUAGAGGAGCUGGGGGGAGGUGAGGGGGAGAGCGAGUGUCGCUGUACGGACUACGCCGUCUCCUCAGGCCUGCUGGGGGCCAUGAUGUGGCUCUCCAACCUCUACUUCCUGGUGCCACUGGGCAUUCUGGGAGUUGUGUAUGGCCUGAUCGGCAGGAAGCUUUGGCUCCGCCCACAACGCAGCAGCCGAGACCGCGCCCAGCGACACACCAUCAAGAUGCUCGGGAUGAUCGUGCUGGCGUUUGUUCUGUGUUGGCUGCCGUUCCUCUGCUCACAGGAUGUUGUGUGUGAUGCCUCUGCUCACAGGGUGUUGUGUGUGUGUUGCCUCUACUCACAUGGUGUUGUGUGUGUGAUGCCUCUGCUCACAGGAUGUUGUGUGUGUGAUGCCUCUGUUCACAGGAUGUUGUGUGUGAUGCCCCUACUCACAGGGUGUUGUGUGUGUGAUGCCUCUGGUCACAGGAUGUAGUGUGUGAUGCCUCUGCUCACAGAAUGUUGUGUGUGAUGCCUCUGGUCACAGGGUGUUGUGUGUGUGAUGCCUCUACUCACAGGGUGUUGUGUGUGUGAUGCCUCUACUCAUAGGGUGUUGUGUGUGUGAUGCCUCUACUCACAGGGUGUUGUGUGAUGCCUCUACUCACAGGGUGUUGUGUGAUGCCUCUGCUCACAGGGUGUUGUUUGAUGCCUCUGCUCACAGGGUGUUGUGUGAUGCCUCUGCUCACAGGGGGUUGUUUGAUGCCUCUGUUCACAUGGUGUUGUGUGUGUGAUGCCUCUACUCACAGGGUGUUGUUUGAUGCCUCUGUUCACAGGGUGUUGUUUGAUGCCUCUACUCACAGGGUGUUGUUUGAUGCCUCUGCUCACAGGGUGUUGUUUGAUGCCUCUGCUCACAGGGUGUUGUGUGAUGCCUCUGUUCACAGGGUGUUGUGUGUGUGAUGCCUCACCCGUUGUGUUGUGUGUGUCUGUCUGUGUUUGUAUGAAUGUGUAGUUUCACAGGGCAUGUCACCUAUAGUCACUAGAUGACCAUGCUAAACAGAACAAAAGUGUAAGAGUGUAUAUAGAAAAUCACUUUAACUAUUUGUUAGUCUGGUCAUCCUCAGAUUUGAUGUGGUUUACAUAUAUAUUCAAUCAAACCCCCCCCUAAAAAGUUUGAUUUUAUACUUCGUGAUGUUCACAAUUUCCCUGAGGGGUCUAUGGAGCCCGUCAGCCAAUAAGGUAGCCCUACAGGUUAGUUUGGCCAGUUUGGAGAACGCUGCAGUUUUACCACAUUCUUCUUAAGUGAAAAGUUGUUAAAUGAAUAACUCCAGUCAGAAUAAGAGGUAUUUACGCUCAUUCAAAGACAUUAGACAUAUGCAGGGAUUUCUCCUCUCUGUAUGUUUUCUGUUGUUGUUGUUUUAUAGGGGAAGUCCAGGAAGAACCAGAGCAAAAUGGGGGAUUGGUUACAAUGGUGAUACAUUCAUGUGAAGUAAUUAUUAACUUUAGAUAAUAUAUAUGCCUAUUAUAAUUCGUUCAGUAACUAGUUCACAUGAAGAAGAGAACAGAACA